AGGAAAUGGAGUCAGUCGACGUGCGAAAUUCAAAUUUCUGUAACCAAACAGCUCUGCACCACUGGGCUUUUCUACAUGACGUCUGGCUACUCUGAUUUGAACCUCCUCCGCACCCCGUUUUCACACAAACCCUGCCUCCUAAAGCCCGCUGGACGUUAGCUACCGGGCUAACGUGUGUGCUGAACCGAGGGAGAGCGCUAACCCUGCGUCCGUGAACCGCCGGGGAGGGUCCUUCGUCGUACGGGGCUGAAACGGGGACCAUGCCGGUGGAAAGGACGGAGCACGGCGGGGCCGAAGAGCUCCUCAAGUACUACGAGGUCUACGAGACCAUCGGCUCAGGAGGCUUUGCCAAAGUGAAGCUGGGUCGACACAUCCUGACGGGAGAGAAGGUUGCAAUAAAAAUCAUGACCAAGAAGAAUCUAGGGGAUGACCUGCCCCGUGUGAAAUUGGAGAUCGAGGCCAUGAAGAACCUGAGUCAUCAGCACGUCUGUCGUCUCUACCAGGUCAUAGAGACCUCCACCCAGAUUUUCAUGGUGCUGGAGUACUGUCCAGGCGGAGAGUUGUUCGACUACAUCAUAGCCAAAGACCGUCUGUCAGAGGAGGAGACCAGGGUGUUCUUCAGGCAGAUUGUGUCCGCGAUGGCCUACGUGCACAGCCAGGGAUACGCACACAGGGACCUCAAACCGGAAAACCUGUUGAUUGACGAAGACCAGAACUUGAAGCUCAUAGACUUUGGACUGUGUGCCAAACCAAAGGGAGGUUUGUGUCAUGAGCUAAUGACGUGUUGCGGGAGCCCUGCGUACGCUGCUCCUGAGCUCAUCCAGGGAAAAUCCUAUAUUGGUUCAGAGGCGGAUGUGUGGAGUAUGGGGGUGCUGCUGUUCGCCCUUCUCUGUGGGUACCUGCCCUUCGAUGAUGACAACUGCAUGGUCCUCUACAGGAUGAUUACAAGAGGUAAAUACGAUAACCCCCGGUGGCUGUCUCCAGGUAGCGUCCUCCUCCUCAACCAGAUGAUGCAGGUGGACCCCAAGCGGCGUGUUACUGUGAGGCAGCUGCUGGAUCAUCCGUGGGUGAUCAAGGAGUACAACAGCCCCGUGGAGUGGCGUAGCAGGCAGCCGCCCGGCCACAUCGACAAGGACUGCAUCACCGAGAUGGCUGUCAACAUGAAGCGAUCGAGGGGGAGUGCCUCGGCGCUGGUCAGUGAGUGGCGGUACGACCAUACGACAGCCACCUACCUGCUGCUGCUGUCUAAGAAGCAGAGGGGAAGACCUGUUCGCCUGCGGCCCGAACCGACCACGCUUGAGGACUCGUGCUCACCACAGCACCGGGGACUACAGACGAGGGAAGCCCUCCACUUCAGCGAGGACGAGGACGCUGUCAUUGUGGGUUCUCUGGACUUUGCCUCGGAUUACAUUGACGACUGGGCUCGGGUCCCACAAUACACACCAAAGGGGGUCCGAGGUCAGCCAGAUGGAGCAGCGAACCGCAGGAACGCUACCCCAGCGUCUCCGUCAGAGACCCCAGAGAGAGGCCGCAGCACAGCACCCCACCGCCAGGAGAGGAGGGGCCGGGACCAAGAGAACAAGGAGAAUAUGGCCGUGCAGGAGAAAGACGUGGACACGUUCGCGCUGCCGCCUCCUCGCACGCCUGCAUCCGGCAAGAAGAACACCAAGCCCAACAGGAACGUGUUGACCACACCCAACCAGAAUGCUAACGUCACACCUAAAGGUGGUGGCAGCGCUUCUAAAGAACAAGAUAAGAAGAGAGCAGCAGAGAUCAAGGAGCUUGCGAAUGUUGAAAUACUGGCUUUCAGUCCUGAGCGAAGGUCUCGGUCGCUGGACAUGGCGGUCAUCGGGGACAGCGAGAAGAAGAAGAGGGGAGCAAAGGUGUUCGGUUCGCUGGAGAGAGGCCUGGACAAGAUGAUCACCAUGCUCACUCCCAGCAAGAGGCGAGGCCUCCGAGACGGCCCGCGCAAGAUCAAGGCGCAGUACAACGUCACUCUGACCAGUCAGACCAAUCCAGACCAGGUCCUCAACCAGAUCCUGUCCAUCCUUCCCGAGAAAAACGUUGACUUCACACAGAAGGGGUACACCCUAAAGUGUCGGACGUGUGGCGACAACGGGAAGGUCACCAUGGCGUUUGAGCUGGAGGUGUGCAUGCUGCAGAGGCCGGAGGUCGUCGGGAUCCGGCGCCAGAGGCUGAAGGGAGACGCCUGGGUCUACAAGCACCUGGUGGAGGACAUCCUGUCGUUGUCCAGGAUCUGACUCUUAGCACUUUCCUAGCAACGCCCCAUCCCGAUCAAGUCAAUAGGCCCUGGUCCAUUUGUGGUCCUGAUGAUGAGUGAUGGAUGCACAUAGUCUUAGCCCAUUCAUUAUUAGCCCGUUUCAUUAUUCAUAGUGAAUACUUCCACUUGUCCUUAGGCCAGCCUCUAAUCUCCAGAGUACAUGUUACAUUCAAUGUGCGAGCAUUAAUGCCAGGAUCCUGUACAGCGUGUCUUGUUUUAUGUACAGCGUUGCUCUUUUAAUUCAUAAUUAUUAAGCUGAAGAAGGCUGUUUACAGCAUACCUUUGGGCUGCUUACCAUAUUUAUGUCUUGUUUAGGUUUUAUUCUCCCCUGUGGAUGGAAUUCCCUGUCAUUGAUGUACAUGCUUACAAUUCCUCCAUGGUGUUUUUCUACAUGGUUGUAAACUGUCUGCUUUUAUUUCUCAUCGGUGCUUGUCGAGCUUUCAGUGUCUGUCCCGUUGUGUCUGUCACAUUUCUAUUGACAUAAAAGGAGCAAAAUAAAUGAUUUCUGGUAAAUGUAA